UCUCAUUUCUCAAACGUUAGGCAACCAAAUUCCAAUUCGAAUAAUGUUCAAAACAUUAUUGCUACUUGGCUCUCUAAGCUUGAUCCUGCGCACAACUCAUGCUGCCGAUCCCAAGACGCCCAACUGCUUUAAGCUGAAGAACGAUACGUGUCCCAAUUCGAAUAUCACAUUUUGGCUGUAUACCAAAGAGGAGCCAGUUGGGCGUAAACUGAAUGAGUUGGGUUAUCAAGGAGACAGUUUUGAUAUAUCGAAGGAGGUCAAAGUACUUUUGCACGGCUACAAUGGCAGUUCGGAAAGCACACCCAAUGCUGAGGUGCGACCCGAAUUGCUCAAGUUUCACAAUCUCAACGUCAUCUCCGUGGACUAUGGGAAUCUAAUGCGAGAACCCUGCUAUGCGGAAUCGGUGGCCAAUCUCCACUAUGUGGGUCGUUGUGUGGCCGAGUUCUUGGGUAAUCUCUUGUAUAAUCGACACGUGCUGCCGCAGAAACUGCAUAUUAUUGGUUUUGAUAUUGGUGCCCAUUUGGCUGCGUCUGUGUCCAAUUUCCUGAGAUAUUUUAAUUUGAGAAUCGGUCGCAUAACGGGCCUUGAUCCAGCAAAACCAAUAUUUCUAAAAUCCAAAUGGUCGGAUCGUCUGCAUGCCAUCUCUGCCGACUUUGUGGAUGUCAUACAUACGGAUGUCUUUCUCUAUGGGCUUAUGCUGCCUAUGGGCCAUGCUGACUUUUAUCCCAAUCUGGGCAUCGUGCAGCCCGGCUGUGGGCCAAUCAGCGAAACGAUUAGCCAUAAAUGCAAUCAUCAGCGGGCGGCCAUUUACUAUGCCGAGUCCAUUUCCUCGAAGACGAACUUUUGGAGCUUCCGCUGUGGUAGACUCUAUAAUAUAAUUGUUGGCCAAUGCCGGCCACUCAAUGAUUUUGCGCUGCUCGGCUAUCAUGCGUCGCCUCGUGUACGUGGCAGCUACUUUCUGGGCACCAAUGGGACUGCGCCAUAUGCCUUGGGCAGCAAGUUUGCCCCUUUGAUUUACAGGUCGCUUGGUAAAGCGUUUUUGUCUGAUUUUCUAAUUGCAAAAUUCUUGGAAUUGGGAAACGAUAUCAAAGUUCAUAGACUAACCAUUGGAUAAAUCGCCAACAAUAAGUAGCUUUGUGGUUGCCACAUUAAAUUCAAUAAAUCAAUUUUAUUAUUUGUACAAUUAA